UUGAAGUAGCGGUUUUCUAAUGAACUCAUUUUAAAAAAAAUGCCCACUGAGCCGAUGACGUGGACGGUAUGGUGGAAAUUAAAAAACGAUUAAAUGUAAUUUGAAAAUUAGAUAAUUUCCCAACAUUAUUUAAGAAAAGGACUCUCAAUUAAACCCGAUCCAACUUAAAAAAAAUAAAAAAAAUCCGAUUCCAUUUAAAAUUACCCAAUAACAUCCCAUAAAUAAGCAUCGAGCCCCUUGUUCCUCCUUCCUCGGGGAUCAAUUAAUCAGCGACACACACAGACAGUCUCGGAGCGCCGGAGUGAUGUCAGGGCUUCACAGAUCUUCUAGCGCUCCAUUGAAGAACGGCCUUCCUCCUCAAGAACUCCUCGAUGAUCUCUGCAGCCGCUUUGUCUUGAAUGUUCCUAAGGAAGACCAACAAUCUUUUGAGAGAAUCCUAUUUCUGGUCGAGUAUGCACAUUGGUUUUAUGAAGAUAAUACAGUGGAGAAGAAUCCAUCGUUGAAAUCAUUUACUCUCAAAGAAUUUACGUCUUUAAUGUUUAAUAGUUGUGAGGUCUUGAAACCCUAUGUUCCUCAUAUUGAUGAUAUAUUCAAGGACUUCACUUCCUACAAGGUUCGGGUUCCCGUCACUGGAGCAAUCAUUUUGGACAAAGCAUACGAAAGGUGCUUGCUGGUUAAAGGGUGGAAAGGAACUAGCUGGAGUUUUCCACGUGGUAAAAAGAACAAGGAUGAGGAAGAUCAUGCAUGUGCCAUCAGAGAAGUUUUGGAGGAAACAGGAUUUGACGUCUCUGAACUUCUUGACAAAGAUGAGUACCUUGAAGUAAUAUUUGGGCAGCAGCGGGUCCGCCUUUAUAUAAUUGCUGGUGUUAGUGAUGACACCUCCUUUGCUCCACAAACCAAAAAGGAGAUUAGUGAAAUUGCAUGGCAUAGACUAGAUGAUCUCCAACCUGCUAGUGAUGAAGUUAUAUCACGUAGUGUCACAGGCCUUAAGCUUUACAUGGUUACUCCAUUUUUAAAAUCAUUAAAGACAUGGAUUGCAAAGCACGCGCCUGCAACUGUUUCAAAAUCUGAUGCUUCUCGCAGAGGACUUAGUGUUUGGAAGGCUAAAAAUAACUCUGGGGGAAGCAGCUCAGCCAUGGUUGAAAUCCAGCAUCCUAAGACUGCACCUGAUACUCAUGUUACUGAAAAAGGCCCAGGCAAGACCCUUAGAAAUUUUAAUUUUGAUACGUCAUCAAUCUUUCGAGCUAUGGAAUCAGGAUUUUCUGCGUAAAUGCUCUGCUUGAUGCUAAUUUCCAGAAGGCUGGCUCACAGUUUCUGCAACAAUGAUAAUCAAGUUUAGUACUGCACAUGAAUUAGCCAAGGUAGUUCUGCUUCUGUACAUUGUAUUUGUCAGGAGUUUCAGGUUCUAGGUGCUUGUACAUUAUGUACAGAAUUCCUUCAAAGUAAAGGCCGCUGCUGCCCAUUAUGUUAAUCCCUGCUUCUAGCUAAAUGUCAUUUUACCAUGUGCCUUGAAUAUGUAUAAGCUAUUCAUGGUAAAUAGAAUGGACUAUUGUUCCUACUUAUUCUACUCGAGUAUUCCAAAUUUUCUUAUCCUUUAAAGGGCAAGACUACGA